AACACCUCACAGUAAUUUUUAAAAACAAAUGCACAUGGGCUUUAAUUUUAUAAGUCAAUGAGUGAAGAAUGUGAUGGAUCAUAGGUUUGCUGACUUCUAAGUUUCAACAUGAGAGAAACACCGUUGUCAAACUGUGAAAGGGAAUUCAUUCGCAAGGCUUUGGGUGAAAGAAAGAGAUUGGAUGGGAGGCAGGCCUAUGACUACAGAACACUUAAGAUUGCCUUUGGGUAUGAUAGAGGAUGUUGUCGUGUUGACCUUGGUCAGACAAGGGUAUUGGCACAAGUAUCAUGUGAAAUAACAUCACCAAAACAACAGAGACCAUCAGAUGGUGUUUUAUUUGUAAAUGUUGAGUUAUCUCCCAUGGCAAGUCCAGUAUUUGAAGUUGGAAGAAUGUCAGACCAGGGGGUAGAAAUAAAUAGAAUCUUAGAAAGAUGUCUGAAAGAAUCCAGAUGUGUAGAUACUGAAUCUCUGUGUAUUAUAGCUGGAGAGAAGGUUUGGCAGAUUAGAGUAGAUGUACAUGUUAUGAACCAUGAUGGAAACUUGAUAGAUUGUUCCAGUAUAGCUGCCAUUACAGCAUUGGCACAUUUCAGACGACCUGAUGUUACUGUUGAUGGCACGGAUGUGAUAGUUCACACAAUAGAAGAAAAGGACCCAUUACCACUCAGUGUUCACCAUAUGCCUAUUUGUGUAUCAUUUUCCUUUUAUGAACAAGGGAAAUUUUUAUUGGUUGAUCCCUCUGACAAGGAAGAGAAAGUUAUGGAUGGAAAGAUGGUAAUAGGGAUGAAUAAACACAGAGAAAUAUGCUCACUACAGGUCACAGGUCAAAUGUUAUUAUUAAAAGAUCAGGUUUUAAGAUGUUCCAAUAUUGCUGUUGUUAAGGUUACAGAAAUAACAGAAUGGAUACAGAAAGCACUUGAAAAUGACAGACAAGCUAGAUCAAAUGGUGAAAGAUUUGGCUUCCGUGAAGCAGUUGUGAUGGAUACAGUAACAACCAAUCAAAUAAAUCCAGAAAAGAUUAAAGUAGAUGAAACUGACCAAUCACCAGCUGGAUCAGAGGAUGAGGUUACUAUGGAAACCAAUGGUCACUUAUGUGAUGAAACCAGCAAAGUGCCAGAAGUCAAAAUAUUGGCUAAAGGUGUAGGUUAUAUAGGAGACGGAGGAGAAUCCAAGUGGGAAGUGGAUGAUAAAAUGGAGGAAGAAAUAAAAACAGAAUCAAUUUUACUGUCAAAGAAAGACAAAAAGGAGAAACCUGCAGAUGUUGUUAUACUUGAUGAUAGUGAUGAAGAAGGAACCACUAUGUUACAAGCUGAUGAUUUAAAUACUAUACCUGAAAGGGUGGUGAUACCAAAGAAAACAUCAGAGUCGACAGAUCUAUCAGCUGCCAUUAAAAAGAAGAAAAAAGACAAGAAAAAGAAAAAACAAAAAGAUGUUACAUAAACUGUCAUUAAAACAAAUUUUGUAUAUA